AUGGUGCGUGACUAUACCAAACCAGAAGAUCAUAUUAUUGAGUAUUUGGAUCAUCCCCAUUUUGCUAUCAGAAAUUUGUUGUCCAGAAAAUUGGAUCCGCCAGAUACGUUGAAUGAGGUAGUUACAGCGACAUUGGCAUUGACUGGUUUUCAACAUGUUUCGCGAGUGGGUGAAAUGAGAGGUCAUUCUGCACUACUGAGUGCUUUGGUGGAACGCUGGAGGCCGGAGACUCACAUGUUUCAUCUUCCAGUCGGUGAAGUGACGGUAACACUGGAAAAUGUGAGCUAUAUUCUUGGUCUCCUGAUUAAUGGGGAUGCUGUUACGGGUAGAUCAGAUAGCAGCCACCAGUUUUUGGUGGAGAACUGCAUUGCGUGUUUUGGUCGGGAGCCCGGUCCGGACGAUCACGUGUUGGGAAAGGUUAAUAUUGCUUGGGUCCCGCGGUGCAGAGACACCGAGCCGUGUGAUACUCAAGAGUCUCUCGAGCGGUACGUCCGAGCGCACAUUUUCUGCAUGCUCGGUACAGUUGUGUUUCCGGAUAAGUCGACCGUUUCACUGAACUCGAAGUUUCUACCGCUACUUAGGGAUUUCCACCGGAUUUCAGGGUAUAGUUGGGGAGCAGCCAGUCUGGCACACCUAUACAGAUCGUUGUGUCGUGCCUCACGAUACACCUGCAAGGAAAUGGAUGGCCCACUGAUACUGCUUUUUAUUUGGGUGUGGGAGCGUAUGCCGUUCCUGACACCUAUACCCCGCGAUCAACUCGGCAAUAUUGGUGUUCCACUAGCGCGACGUUUAUAUGGCGGCCAUAUAUGGGAGUGGGGAUUCCGGAUGGCCUCGAACCCCAUAUGUUCAUGUGCUCCACUCAGUCGCCUUUAG